GGAUGGAGUGAGUGUACUGCUCUCCAACCCCCCACCUCCAAUCCUUUUGUUUUACUUGUUGUUGGCUAGCAAGGUAUUAUCGGCCAAUUGACUAUAAUUGGAGCCUAUCUUUAGCUAAACUAGAGCUUUCAAUCUUUUUUGCAACUCAAGUUUGCAUCCUUUCCUGCCAUUGUCCUUUCGGUGCUGCAAUUCAGAUCAUUUGUGUCCAUUGGUGCAGCCAUUGGACAACAACAAAUCUUGCACUUGAUCAUGGCAGCUUGCCCUGAAUUAAUGCAAGCCAUAAGCCUGUAACCACCAAGAAUUAAGCAAGCAUCUUAUUUUGCCAUAUGCCCUUCUGAUCAGUUUGUGCCUGUCUGACUAUCAUGAUCUGAUAGGUACAGGAACAUGCCAAUUUUGCUGUGUUUGAAGUAUUUAGGAUUCUAGAAAGAAAAAAAAUGAUAAAAACUUAGGAUUCUUUUUGACAAUAAUCUGAACUUUUUGAAUAUAUUUAUAUUGUAGCCAAAGAAAGAAAAUGGAUCAUACUAGAUUUAAUAUAGUACUAUAUUUGCAUGUUUUUAAUAUAGUAAACUAGUCUGCAUCGCACUAUAUUUGUUGAGCUAAUGUCUACCAUCCUUUUGUGCCUUUUCAGUUCUCUAUGUUGACCUCUUCAUUUCUUGUCUGCUUCCUAUCUUGAGGGGGAUGGUGGACAAAUUGUUCUAGUAGGCAUUAGACUUUGACAGUUAAAAGGUUGAAAGCUUCGGAUAAUCUUAUGUGGUCCUCCUACGGAGUGUUUUGUCUACCAUGCUCGAGCCACAGAAGCCCGACUGCCAUCCUCUGAUCAUGGGGAAGGAAGAAAGGUUAUGUGUGUUGAGCUGGUGGCUAAUCGCUUCUUACGCAAGGGAAGCUGGAUUUCACAUUCUCAUUACCAGCUAACAGCUGUUAGUGUCUGAUGAGAAGUACUUUCGGCGUGUGAAAUGGCAAUACAUGGUGUUAGAUGAAGCCCAGGCAAUCAAAAGUUCGAACAGUAUAAGAUGGAAGACACUGCUUAGCUUCAAUUGUCGGAACCGAUUGCUGCUGACUGGUACACCUAUCCAGAAUAAUAUGGCAGAGCUGUGGGCCCUUUUGCAUUUUAUUAUGCCAACCUUAUUUGACAGCCAUGAACAAUUUAAUGAGUGGUUUUCAAAAGGAAUCGAGAACCAUGCAGAGCACGGGGGUACUUUGAACGAGCACCAGCUUAACAGAUUGCAUUCAAUUCUUAAGCCUUUUAUGCUGCGAAGAGUUAAAACAGAUGUAAUUUCUGAGCUGACCAGGAAAACUGAGGUUACAGUGCAUUGCAAGUUGAGUUCUCGCCAGCAAGCUUUUUAUCAGGCUAUUAAGAACAAGAUAUCUCUUGCCGAGUUGUUUGAGGGCAAUCGUGGGCAUCUUAAUGAGAAGAAAAUACUAAAUUUAAUGAAUAUUGUCAUUCAGCUGAGAAAGGUGUGUAAUCAUCCAGAGUUGUUUGAAAGGAAUGAGGGAAGAACAUACCUCCACUUUGGGGAGAUCCCAAAUUCUCUUCUGCCCCCUCCCUAUGGGGAGUUGGAGGACGUGCACUAUGCAGGAGGUCACAAUCCUAUAACAUACAAGGUACGUUCUUAAAGCUUUUUCUGCCUU